AUGAUGAUUGCGCAGACAUCAAAAGCGCCCAUGACGAUGACAAACCUUUUCUUGAACGCUGCGCAGGCACCGAAACCCCCAAUGGCGACGACAGCAAACCUUUUGUUGACCCCCCCGCUUUUGUUGAUCCCCCCGCUAAUGAUCAGUGCCCUAAAAUACACUCAACAGCGUCCUUCUCUCUUUCAAAGGGGUUUCUCUAAUACUUGUCGCUCUAAAAAGAGUUUCUCAUAUACUCCGCCAACAUCCUCUUCCUCGCGCCCUCUGUCUCUUCGUCUUUCUUCGAACCAUGCUGCAGUGCCCAUCACUCCAGUCCUUAAAAAGGAAAAUAACGGUUUUGGUGGCAACAUGAACUGCGCUGAUUUUUGGGGCCCUUUGUCGGGUUGGGAUGAUGUGGUGCAAAAGGGUACAAAGUUUGUGUGUCAAUGGGUGGCCAAAGAGGACAAUACUAGUGUUGUUGCAGAGACCGAAGAUGACACACAAGAGGCGAAAAGAAAAACUCCUAAAACAACAAGGAUGUCUGAUGGCAAAUUGAGUCGAAAGAUAUACAUGGUUAUGGUCGGAGUUUCUUUUUGUGCACUUGUAGCAUUUGUACCAAAACAACAAGCAUCAUGUUGCAUAGUUGCCUCCGAGCAUUUAUCCAGAGCAAUGAAGGACAUCUUUUUUUGUGCCCUCUUGGUCUGCCCAUUGACACGGCAGCUUUCAUACGACUCGAUGAAAAUGUUCGUGUUUAACCUGUUUGUUAUAGCCCCUGCCUGGAUUAAUAUCUGGCAAUUUUGGUAUUACCAUAAGGGUUUGCAAAGUUCUGAAGAAAUUAAAAAUAGAAAACCGAGUAAGAAACAAUCCAUAACUUUUGAUGACGUGGAAGGAGUUGAUGCUGCCAAAGCUGAACUUCUCGAGAUUGUCUUAUGCAUUAAAGGAGAUAGUAGAUAUAUGAAACUUGGGGCAAAGUUACCACGGGGGGUUCUGCUUGCGGGUCCCCCGGGAACCGGAAAAACAUUGUUGGCCCGUGCGGUGGCCGGAGAAGCUGACGUGACGUUUUUCUCGAUGUCUGCUAGUGAAUUUGUGGAGGUUUUUGCUGGUAAAGGGGCUGCCCGUGUUCGAAAUCUUUUCCAAGAGGCGAGAAAACAUUCACCGUCUAUUAUUUUCAUUGAUGAGAUAGAUUCUGUUGGAGGGCAACGUGGAAAUACUAUGAAUUCUGAACGUGACCAGACUUUAAACCAGCUUUUGACUGAGAUGGAUGGAUUUGAGAAGGGUGCAAGUGUGGUGGUUAUGGCUGCUACUAACAGACCCGAGUUACUGGAUUCUGCUUUGAUGAGACCGGGUCGGUUUUCUAGGAAAGUGGUUGUGGGUAAACCGGAUGAAGAUGGAAGGAGAAAGAUUUUUGCUUUAUAUUUACAGAAGGUGCCCAUGAAGGAGGACAAACAAGUCAUUUGUGACCUUGUUGCUUCACGUACACCAGGGUUAGUUGGGGCUGAUCUUGAAAAUAUAGCUAAUGAAGCUGUAUUGCUUGCUGCUCGUAGAGGUGUUGAUUUUGUGACCAAGGAGGAUGUUCUUCAAGCUGUUGAGAGAGCAACAACGAAGAUUUAUAAUGAUGAUACUACCAAUAAAGCUAACUCACCGUAUUUGUUUGGAGAAAUGGCACUAGAAAGCGUGCAUGCCGGGGGAUGUUAA